UUAUUUUAAUUUUUCGUUCCUUCUCUAUCAAAAGAAUCCAAGUCUAAGGGGGAAAAAAUUCCAUCUUCUCUUUCAAGAAAAAAAAUGUCAUCAUCCAAUUUAAAUCAUCAAGCAAACAAUGGACUCCCAAUUUGUCUUGCAGGGAUCACACGUCCUCUUCCUCUCUCCAAAGAGAUGACGGAUCACAUUGGAAGAAGGGAGGCUAUGAAAAAGCUAAGAGUUCAAAUGGGAGGAAAAUGGAAAACAGAUCAAGUGAGAAGCCAUGAAAGAGACUUCAAAGAGAAAAUAAAUGAAAGUGAUUCAGAUCUUAUUGUUGCUCUUCUUUGCGAUCUUUGUUUGUCUUGUACAGCAAAGGCUGCUUGAUUCUAACUUAGAUAAAAAAGUAUUCAAUUUGGUUUUCUUUUAGUUUUUGUUUAUGUACUUUUAGGAACUUUGUGAUAUAUUUGGCUUAGAUUUGUGUAAGAACCUCCUAAU